CCGGCCGCCCGGCGCCGCCGCCGGCUUAUUGUGGAGACUCGCCCCGCGGCGCUGCCACUUGACCGGGGGCGUCGCCUCCGGUUCCGCGGAGCCGGGCACGGGGGUGGGAGGCGUGCUCAGCCCCUUCCUCCGCUCUGCCCGGCGCCUUCCCCCAUCCUGCGCUUCCCCUCCCCCACGCGCGGCGGCGCGCGCCCCAGUCCCCGCGUGCACGCGCGGCGGCGGGCGGGCGGGCGCCCGGCUCUCGGGCGUGUGCGAGGCGUGAGGUGGAGAUGGGGGCGGAGGGAGCCGGAGCUGUCACAGGCCCCGGGUCCGCCUGACCGAGCCAAGUAGGGUGUCAUGGCCGCGGGGGGCAGCGGCUGCACUUCCUCUGCGGGCGGCGGCGGCGGCGGCGGCCGGGGAGUUAAUCCUCGACGCUCGGGUCCCGUUUCCCUCUGUGCGGCGGCCGGCGGGACUAUAAGGGCUUAACUCAUAUAUUUAACCCCCCUCCAAAAAGGUUUCGUUGGAAGGAAUUAUGCAAAUCCUGCUUUCUGGUGUCCAUUCAGCGGCAAUUUCAUGCGGGUUUGAAAGUAUUCUUGAAGGGCUGUUUGGACCUGCAUUAUUAAAAGAUCUCAGUUUAUUUAAAGACUGUGAACCUGAAAACAUUUCUGAUUGGACUUUUGAUGAAAAUUGUCUAUUCUGUUGCUUGAGAAGAGAUAAAGUAAAGGGACACUUAGUCGGUCUGGAUGAACCAGCUUCGGGAGCUGGGCAAGAAGCUCUGCUUAAACAAGAGCAAGCAAAAAUCAUUCGAUUCGAGAGACAAGCAGAAGAGUUCCUCAAUGCAGUCUUUUAUAGAAAAGACAGUCCCUGGGUCUCCGACCCCAGUAUUCCCCUAGUGGCCCGUGAGAUCAUGCAGCGAAUGAUCCAACAAUUUGCUGCUGAAUAUACCUCAAAAAAUAGCUCUACUCAGGACCCCAGCCAGCCCAAUAGCACAAAGAACCAAAGCCUGCCGAAAGCAUCUCCAGUCACCACCUCUCCCACGGCUGCAACUACUCAGAACCCUGUGCUCAGCAAACUUCUCAUGGCUGACCAAGACUCACCUCUGGACCUUACUGUCAGAAAGUCUCAGUCAGAACCUAGCGAACAAGACGGUGUACUUGAUCUGUCCACUAAGAAAAGUCCGUGUGCUGGCAGCACGUCCCUGAGCCAUUCUCCAGGCUGCUCCAGUACUCAGGGGAACGGUGAGAAUUCAACAGAGGCUAUAGCAGUAGAUUCUAACAAUCAGUCGAAGUCCCCACUGGAGAAGUUUAUGGUCAAACUGUGCACUCAUCAUCAGAAGCAGUUCAUCCGUGUCCUGAACGAUCUGUACACUGAAUCCCAGCCGGGCACUGAGGACCUGCGACCUGAUUCUGGAGCAAUGGAUGCAUCCACUUGCAAUGCUGGCUGUGCCCAGCUAGGCACCAGACAUAAGGAAAAGGAUGCUGCAUGUCUCAAUAUGAUGUCUCCUACUUCUGUAGAUUUGUUUGUAGACUCAUCAGGCUCACACAGCCCUCCACACUUGACAGAACAGGCCCUGAAGGAGCCUCCUCCUGAGACAAACUCUGUAGAUGGAAGAGAGAAUGCCUUGACUAUUACCCAGAAAGAUUCCUCUGAACUUCCAACCACUAAACCUAAUUCUGGUAGUUCAACGGAUAGUUGCAGUCUGGGAUACCUCACCACACUGAAUUCUUCCUCAUUAAGCUUCCACCACAUCGCUAAGAGCUUGGAGGGGCAAACCACUGGACCGGAGCAAGACACAGAUGUGAAAAUGUGUGAGGAGGGGAAAGACCAUAUGCAGGGCUCAGCUUUAGUAGAAAGUCUGAUUGCAGUGAAAGUGGCAGCUGAGAAUAGUGAGGAGAGCAACACCUGUAUUGUUUCUCAAAGAAAUUCAUUCAAAGCUUUAUCAGAAGAGGCUUGGGACUCAGGGUUUACUGGGAAUUCACCUAGAACUGCUGACAAAGAGAAUGCUUUACUGUGUAGCUCAAAAACACCUUUACGCCAAGAGUUAGAGUCCAGUGAACAAGAUUCAAGGCCAAAGCAAGAGAACCAUCUUCAUUCACUAGGAAGAAAUAAGGUGAGUUAUCAUUUACAUCCCAGUGAUAAGGGUCAGUUUGAUCAUUCCAAAGAUGGUUGGUUAGCCCCUAGCCCCAUGCCAGCCGUACACAAAGCAUCCAAUGGACAUUCGCGAACCAAGAUGAUAUCAGCCUCCAUUAAGACAGCUCGGAAAAGUAAAAGGGCAUCAGGGUUGAGGAUAAACGAUUACGAUAACCAGUGUGAUGUCGUUUAUAUCAGUCAGCCAAUAACAGAAUGCCACUUGGAGAAUCAGAGAUCAAUAUUAUCUUCUCGAAAAACAGCCAGGAAGAGUACUCGAGGAUACUUCUUCAAUGGUGAUUGUUGUGAGCUGCCAACUGUUCGCACACUGGCCAGAAAUUUGCACCCCCAAGAAAAGGCGAGCUGUUCACCAGUGGAACCAGAGGGAGCGGUCACUCCCAGGCAGACCCUUCCACAUUCAGCCCCUGGACCUGCAGUGGAUAUGCAGCAUCCCAGAGGGGACGACCAUGAGGAACCUAGUAAAGAAAUAACCCCCCUCAAGGAAGGAGAAAGAGAAGCUUCCUCUGAAAAGGAAUCUCAAGAGCCUGAGGUUUGCCCCACAACAAAUAAACCAAAUCCAAGCAGCUCUCCUAGGUCAGAGGAAACAACAGCCUCCAGCCUGGUGUCGCGUCUCCCUGCUCACCUUCCCGAAGAGGACAUGCCAGAAGGCAGCUCCAUGGUCUCAACUCCCACAGCAAGUGGGAUGGCUUCCCCUGAACGAGACCAACAACCAGUCGAACUGCUGGAUAUCAAGGAGGGGACUGUCACCCAAGACUGUCACCUGAUUUCCUCUACUGAGAGCAUUUCUGAGGGAGGCAGUGAAGAUGUUGUUUCUAGGCCUCAUUCUUCUCCUGAAAGAGUCAGUAGAGAGGAAGGUCCUCUGUGCUCAGAAAGUCAGAGUCCCCCAGUGGGCUUGGAGCCUCCCCUGAGCCUGGGAAAAGCUGAAGACAGCCAAAGCAUCAGUACCAAGGCCGAGACUGAAGACACGCAGGAGCUAGAUACUGACCCACUCUUGAAGGAAAGCAGCACUUUUACUAAUGAAAACCCCAGCAAAAUUGAGGACAGUGAGGCAGCAGGUGGUACAGGAAAAUCAGAGGGACAGGGCAGUGAUGUAAAACAGUCUUCAGAAAAAGAUAUGUGUGAUCAAAACAUUGACUCCCCUGAAGAGAAUAUGGACAAGAAGAAAAAAGGUAAAAAACUCCCUGAGGCCUCUGACAGGUGCCUGAGGAGUCAGCUUUCAGAUCCCUCCUCUGCCGAUAGGUGCCUAAGAAGUCAAAGUUCAGAUUCUUCCUCUGCUUGUCCUGAGAUCAAGAUUUCUAAAAAUCCUGGUAUGAAACGUUCUAAAAAAGAAGGGUACUCUGGCGAGACAGCAUCAGAGGGCCUUCUGGCUGACGGUUUCCAUACAAAAGGUCUGGAGGACCCUGAAAACUCAGGUGUCGAUGAAAAUCCCUCUGAGAAAGACGCUGAGCAGGAGGGCAAAGGAGGUGGGAUCAUCACCAGGCAGACUUAUAAAAACAUGCUGGCGAAAGAAGUCAAGGGGGAAGAAGGAGAUAUUUUCCCCAGCAGUGAUCCCAUAACCACAGUUGGCCAGCCCCUGCCUGGAGAGAGACUGGAAAUCUAUGUUCAGUCUAAGUUAGGAGAGAAAAAUGCUCAUGACCCCUCAGAAAGUAUUCCUUGUACUUUCCCAGAACAAUCAAAAGAGAAGCCAGACCCAGUUCCUGCACAAGAUCCAGAGGCAGUUGCGAAUGAGGUCAGCACUGCAAACGCCCAGCGUAAAGAUGACGAUAGUGACGUGCCGUCCAGUGCACUUGGGUUGUCAAGUAGUGGAAGUGGUGAUGCCGCUGGGCCCCCAAAAUGGGUACCAAGGCUUACAAGACUGACCUCUUCAACCUACAACCUAAGACACGCUCAUUCUCUGGACUCCUCAGAUACUGCAAAAAUGACUUCAGAAAAGGAAGUAGCUCAAGGAAACCCAAUGCCAAAGGAAAAUGAAGCUUCGGAGAGUGGAGAUCGUGUAGACGAGGAUGAUGUGGACACGGUGGUAGAUGACCAGCCAAAGUUUGUGGAAUGGUGUGCGGAGGAGGAGAACCAAGAGCUUAUUGCCAACUUCAAUGCACAGUACAUGAGAGUUCAGAAAGGCUGGAUCCAGCUGGAGAAAGAAGCCCAGCCAACACCAAGAUCAAGGAACAAGUCAGAUAAACUGAAGGAGAUUUGGAAAAGCAAGAAAAGGUCACGGAAAUGUAGGGGUUCAUUGGAGGUUCAAAAGUUUUCUCCUGUUCAGAUGCUGUUUAUGACAAACUUUAAAUUAUCUAAUGUUUGCAAAUGGUUCUUAGAGACAACUGAAACCCGGUCUCUGGUGAUUGUGAAGAAGCUCAAUACUCGUCUUCCGGGAGACAUUCCCCCUGUCAAGCAUCCUCUUCAGAAGUACUCUCCUUCCAGCCUGUACCCCAGUUCACUACAGGCUGAACGCUUGAAAAAACACUUGAAGAAAUUUCCUGGAGCUACUCCUGCUAGGAACAAUUGGAAAACACAGAAGCUCUGGGCCAAAUUUCGAGAGAAUCCUGACCAGGUGGAGCCAGAGGAUGGCAGUGAUAUCAGCCUCAGCCCCAAUUCUGAAGACAGCGUAGAGGAAGUUAAAGAAGGUCGAAAUAGCCAUCCUCCCACUAACUCACCUACCCCAGCCAGUACCCGGAUCCUUAGAAAAUAUUCCAAUAUUCGAGGAAAGCUCAGAGCCCAGCAAUGUUUGAUCAAGAAUGAGAAAAUGGAAAGCCCGUUUGGGCAGGCUGUGGAAAGUAAACAGAGUUGUAAGAGUGUAUGCAUCAACCCGCUGAUGUCCCCCAAGCUUGCCCUGCAAGUGGAUGCAGAUGGGUUUCCUAUUAAGCCCAAGAGUACUGACGGAAUGAAGGGAAGGAAAGGGAAGCAAAUGUCUGAAAUCUUGCCGAAAGCAGAAGUGCAGAAUAAACGCAAGAGGACAGAAAGCGGCGGCGCUCAGGACAGGAAGGACACAGGAAGGUCCCCUGUGGUGAAAGCCAGCAAAGACAAGCAUGCCGAUGGAUCCACCAGAACCCCUGCGGCCAAGAAGCCAGCUGUGAGGGACCGAAUCAGCCAGCUGCCCAAAAAGACAUCCUUGAAAGAGAAUAAGCUGAAGACCGCUAAGAAGUCUCCUGGGAAAAGCUGCCCUCCGUCCAGGAGGGAAAAAGAAAAUACAAACAAAAGACCCACACAGCCCUCUGCCCCGGAGAUAGGGAUGAAACCUGCAAAGCAAAAGGGGGCAGGUGAAUCCUCUUCAAGACCACAAAAAGCCACCAACAGGAAGCAGAGCAGUGGAAAGACUCGGGCCAGUCCCUUGACGAAAACCCCAGAGAGCAGUGCGGCCCAGAGAAAGCGAAAGCUGAAGGCAAAGCUGGACUCUUGUCACGGCAAACGGAGACGGCUGGAUGCGAAGUGAUCGGAAGGCUGGCAGCCACAAGCUAAACUGUCCUACAGAAAGUAACCCUUCACUUUGCAUUAACUAAGUCUGCUUUUAUAAGCUCAGCCAGCCUUUCAGAUCUGCAGUUAACGGAGAACACCACCAUUGAAGAUGUCAGAAAAUGCAUCUCAGAUGGAGAAGGGAACUUGCAGUCUUUCUCUGAGGCUGAGUAAGGGAAGUUAUAUAUUAUAUUCUGGUUGUUCCUUGGGUUUUAAACUUGGAACCAAGCAGUUUUAGUUUUUAAAAGUACAGUGCCUUAUUUAUCCUUUUUGUUUUUAAAUUUACAAAAGCUAAAAAGCUGAUCUAUGUGAUUAAAGGCUUGUAUUUUAUACUUGAUGCACAAGCACUUGUACUGUAGCCGAGAAGACCACCAUCAUGCACAUAAAAGUAGCUUUUCAGCAGCCAUCCUGCAGUGUCCGUACCUGAACAGAUGCUCCUCUUUGCAAACCUGAGCAGUGAACUUCCCUCUCUGUCUUGUUUGUUUAAAUGAUAUUCGAAAGCUAAACCAAAUCAUUUUUAUGGUAUGUGGAGAUUGCAGAGGGAAUUUAUAAUUAUUAUGAAAGAUGAAUAUUUCUGUUACCCCUUUUUAAAAAAUCAUAUUCAUUAUUGGUCACUCCUCUCACUUUUGGCCUUCUGUCAUUUAAAAAAUGUAUUCUAAAUUAUGUGCCCAUGGGACAAAAGAUGUGUCAUAAGGUGUUAAUAUUGAGUUAUGACCUCUAAAAUUUAUUUACACCCCCCAGGUGAUUUGCAUUACUGAUUCUUACCAUCCUUUUCAUUUUUGGCCUUGCAAGCUUGCUAGCACUCUAACAAGGUUUUCACCUGACUUUGAGGGGAAAAAUGUAGGAUUUUUUUUUUCCAUCUUGUAACUAUAACUUGACAAUUGGGAUGAGAGUGACUAUUGUAAUACUCUUUCUUACCCUGAAUACUUCCAUAUUCAAAGAAAGCCAAGUUGUUAUUUUCAGUACUAGAAAAGUUUCAGAGUUUGUGUGUGCAUGUGCAUUUGGGUGCAUCUGCCUGUGGUUAUUAGCCACAGAUGUCUCCCAGCCGCAGUUCCACGGUAAAAUUCUUUCUUCCCCAUACAGUUUGCUAAGGUGUUCAUGAGCUGGGUAAUUAGCACGGGCCAGAUGGUUUAAACGUGGCCCAGGGUCUCUAGGAGUAUCCGCAAAGCCAGUUUGGCACCAGACUCAGAAAGGUCUAAACAGCACAGAGUUAUGUAAAGGGCAGAGCGACCUUGCAGUGGGAGGCGGCAGCUCCGGCGUCUCAUAGCGGGCCCACACCCGUCCUCCCAUCUGGAGCUGGUGUUCAGUUGGCAUGUGCCAGUGGGGAGGUGCGUGUAGCGUGGGUGUUCGCAUUCUGAGUGGUCGGCACCAUCCUGGUAGUUAACGCCUGUAGUAUCACUUCUGCCGCUGUCACGUCAGGCUCCAUUCCUUGGCUCAAAAGUGAGAGCUGCAGUGUUUGUAACCAACGUUGUUUGCCUUUCCCGAGUGACGCCCGAGGUGGUUGCCCUGGUUUUACCUUGGUGCCUGUGACAUUGCUCCAUUAUGACACAGUGUGUACUCAGCAUCUCCCCUGGGCCACUCUACAGAAAAGGCUUGGCCGUUAGAGCUUCAGCCAGCCUCUCUACUGUGCUCCGUCACAGAAGCAGGCUUAUCUGCUGCAAAAACUCCAUUUAGAUUGCUCAGAUCUAUUAGGUAAACCCAGAUGGACUUUCUUCAUGCACAGUUCGGUCAGAUCAUGAUAAAACAGGCCUUCUGCCCAUUCUGUUAAAGAUUUGCUGUAUAUAGUGAGAACUUCUGCUGACUGGAUAGGACUGGAGAGAAAUGUUUGAUUCAUGGGAAAUUGGGAAUUGUAUUGAAUUUCAUAGACUAUCUUCAAUGAAGCCUUGACUUUCCCCCCCUAUGUCUCCUCUAUCCCAUGAGUCUCUUUUUUUCAUUUUAAUAUCUUCGACUUUGGCCAUUCAAGAGCUACCUAUAUUAAUGAAACUGCUGAGUGUGUAUGUUGGACAGCCCUUUCUCAGCAUUAAGUUGCACAGAAGCAUUAGUAUGUUUUCAGUAGGUUCGGUUAAUCUUUGAAAAGUGGUUUUAAAGUUUUUAAAAAAUAUUUUCACAUAGUCGUCACUGGAUACUGUUUUUGUGGUGACUUAAACAGCUGAGGGUUGCCGAGGUCACAUGUGCGGACUCUGGUGUAUAUGUUGCAGGUGCCCCCCCUUAGCUGCAUGCAGACUACCUUGCAGUGGUGCUUGGAUUAGGUUAGGGGGAGGUGCGAGGCAGUGAGCGGGUGCAGCCCUUCCAGUUCCAGGCUUAUUAACUCAUUCCAUUACUUUUCUAAGUUCUUUUCAUUUUAAAAAGCUUACUUCAAGAUAAUAGCCUUUUCUCCCAUUUUAGGCAGCGUUUGAGAAAAGGUAUGUGUAUGCAUUUUUUUUUAAUACACUGCUGUGGAUCAUCUUUAAAAUCAACUUAUGUUUUAUAGUAGUAACAACACUUAAAUAGACUGGGAUUCUACAUAAUUAGAACACUUAAAAGUUUAGAAGUAUUUUUAUAUUUGUUGAAUCUCAUUUUUGCUGAUUCAGUUAAUUUUGCUAAUAGAAGAAAGGAAAAAAAAUGAACUUGAGGGCUGGCUCUGGAACGCCCUUUUACACUUACAGCCGAUGCUGGCAGAACUGUCUCCUAGACACCUCCAAGCCAGACCUGCAACUGACUCAAGUUUCCCCUUGUUUUCCCUGUCUUGCAAAGACCUCGUUUUUAUAGCCGUCUUCACAGUAUGGCUGGCCACCAGAUGCAAAGGCAGUGGAUCCCACAUUCCAGAUUCCAAAUCACAGAAGAAUUCUGCUCCUGGGCCUACUCAGCACAGUGACUGUCCCAGCAACGGAGAUGAAGUUGCUGACCAGAGAAUUCUGGUAUUACCUCUGAGCUUCUGGGAGAGCUGCAGGGGCCCUGGGGAGCAGUCACUGAAGCUCUACCUUAGCUCCCCAGAGCUGGGCCCUCUUCGGGAGACCCGUCUUCUAGUCUCACUUCCUAGCCCCUAAGGCUCCCUGGGUUUGGGAGGACAGCAUGGAGACCCUCCCUAGUCAGGGCCCAGAGCCUCACCCACAGCAGCCCCUCAGACCCCUGGCAAUCUGCAGCACAGCAGGGAGGCAGUGCACCUUUCUUCUGCUCGUAAGGCGUCCUGCACAGGAAUGUCACUAGUGUCUGUUAAUCUGCAGUUGCUAGUCCCUUGGGUCCCGUAGGUAGGCCAAUUCUGUUGCAUCUGUAUUUCAGUAAAGAUUUCUACACAAGCCUUAUCUAAAAACAAUAAUCUUGGGCUGUGGGUUUCGCUCUUGCAGUGGUAUGGACAGGAGAGGUGCAGGUCGCAGUCCCUUCACAGACGCGGUGCUCCUGAUGGGCUCCUCUGUGCAUUUCUCACUGUUCAGAUAGGACAUCAGUGAAACACAUCACUUCAAGACAGUUGCUUUGAACUGAAGUUCGGUCUCUUUCCUGCCUUGUGGUGGAUUCUGUAGUGAGGGCUCCAGUCGUCACUUUCCUCUCUGGGAGGCGUCUUGCUGAUUGAAGGACCUAAGAGCUAAGGAGGAAAGGACAGCAUGCGACACAAUGCAGAUGUCACCAUCAGCGAGUCUGGUGGCUUGUUACCGCGCCUGGGACCAUAUUGGAGUUUCCCGAGGUGCUGGGCCCAGGAGCCACCCCCGUUCCUGUUGGGUUUCCUGUCAGCCCACGCGAGCUAUCUUUUUUAGAUGCUCUCUCAAGGGUCUGCAGAAUAUGGGCUGGUCGCUCUUUUGUAAAUAGAAGUUUACUAGAACAUAGCCAUGCCCGUUUGUUUACAUACUUUCCAUGGCUACUUUCCAGCAGAGUGGAGUAUCUACAACAGAGACUAUGUGGCCUGCAAAGCCGGAAAGAUUUACUGUCUGGACCUUUCAGAAAAAGUGUGCUGACCCUCCUUGUUUAAGAAAAUCAUCCUUUUUCAGGAACAAAUCUUGCCUGAUUUAUCUUCUCCUUUCUUUUGCCUGCCCCCCUCUCUGUCCUCUUUUCUUUUCUUUUUUUUCCUCCUCCCCUUCCCUCAGUUUUGUUCUUCCUUUUACAUUUCUUUGUGUCUCCUUGCUACAGAAAAGACAUGACAUGUUGUUAGCGAACACUGAACCCGGCCUCCUGACCCUUGAGCUACCGUAUACCGUAGCCUCACACCUUCCUUCUUCAAGCCGCCUGUCACUGGCCACAGUGAGGCCACUGGUAGUCUCUAGGGUCAGGCCCCACAGGCAAGGAGGGCUUCAGAGUUCUCAGUGCAGCCCUGGCCUCUCAUUUCCCUCUGUCCUUAUCUCAGACCUGACUCUGGCUUCACAUCUUGUGUGUUACUGAGGCAAGCCAAGGUUGGUUUUUGUUUUCAAAAUUAGUUGAGAAUACUUCAGUUGGAGGUUCAGUUUUCUGAGCCACAUGUUUAGAUACAGAAAAAGCCUUUUCACAGAAGAAAAACAAAGUCCAGUCACUAACCCAAAGUAUUUAUUAUGUAAUGUUUUUGGCCAGCUUCUAGGAAAAUAAAAAUGUAUCAGUAUUGAUAUUUUUUCAGUCACGUACUCUCCUUUCAAAAUAACUUUAUUAAAGGCAAGCCAACAAAUAAAAAAUAGGGGCUUGCUUUGACCAUGCUUUUAGAAAAGAACAGAAAAUUGGAGCAUAUUAGAACCUGAGUGUAACGGAGAAGUUGUAGAUUGUAUCUUUUGAUCAAAUCCAGUCAACCUCCAAGCUGUUGGUCCUCCCUCUCCCGCACAACUCAAGAAUAAGCUUCUGUACUGUUCUACAAAUGAAGUUGAAUAUCGUGUCAGUGAAAAAAUUUCUGUCAGUGGCCCCAGAACAGUGAUUGUUUCAAUUAUUUUGAAACAGAUAAUUAUUAUUUUGACUUCUCAGCUAUUAAUUUUUGUCGUCUUACGGCUUGAUGUCCACUGAAAUACUGCAAAUUUUUCCUACAAGUAUGAAGUCAUGUCUAUGUAUCUCACAUUGGCAAGGCAGUCCUCACAUCCCAGCAGUAAGCAUUCUUCCCUCCCAAAUCCUUUUUCAGGGAAAAAAAAUGAAAAUAAAAAGAUUAUUGUAUUUAAAAUAAGCAGAAUUGUGAAAAGCCUUUUGAGGCAACCUUCAGUAAAGUUCAUCCCUUGAAAUGUCAGAACAAGCUGCUUGUUCUACAGUGGGUGGGUUGGAAGACUUGAAGGUCUGACCUCUUUCCUUUAAAGAUAUUAAGUCAUACUCAGGCAGAAACCCAGAGCUCUCUGAUGCUGCUUCCGACUUAGGGCUUUGCCAUGUUGUGCUGGGGGGACCCAGAGGACCACCUGGGGCGCUUCUGCAGAGGGUAUGCUUGCUCAUGCUUUUGCUCUUGGAACUGAGCCGGCGCUGGUCAGUUCCUUCCAUUACCUCCUGUCUGUCUGUCCUUCCCUUUCCCAGAGCGCCGGUGGUGUACGCUCGGUGCUCAGGAGAUAUUCUUAGCUUCGGUGUUCAGAGGGGCAGUUGUGUAGCUGGGUCCGCCUAGCAAGUACAGUGAUGCACAGAGGCUUUCUCCCCUGCCUGAGGCCAGGCCACGUCACACAAGGUGCUCAGCAGUAGGCAAGGUACGUAAAAGUACAGAUGGCCCAUAAGACAGCAAUAGCAGCAGCGAAAAACAGGUUUUUUUAAAAACAUAAUAUGCCAGAGGUUGGAGGAAUGCAUUUUACCUGGUAUUUUUUGUUUGUUUGUUUGUUUUAAGAUUUUAUUUAUUUAUUUGAGAGACAGAAUGAGAGAGAGAGCACAUGAGAGGGGGGAGGGUCAGAGGGAGAAGCAGACUCCCUGCUGAGCAGGGAGCCUGAUGUGGGACUCGAUCCCGGGACUCCAGGAUCAUGACCUGAGCUGAAGGCAGUCACUCAACCAACUGAGCCACCCAGGCGCCCUACCUGUUUUUUUUUUAAAAAAAAGGAUUAUAUUUAAUAAAAAAAGAAGUAACAGGUGAAAGAUUUAUGCAAUCUAAAGAGAAACCAGAGUAACAGAGACCAUAUGUAGCUGACACAGCCUAAAAUAUAAAAUAUCCACCACCUGGCUAUUUACAGAAAAGGUUUACUGACCCUUGUAGUAUGUCAUUCAAGGUCAGUUAUGCAGACAGUUAGGCACAAACAUCUUUCCUGUAAUCCAGCCUUGCACCAUUUCUGUCCUUUUAGAUUUGAGGGUGUCUUGCCAGUUCCAUCUCGGGACACAGCUGUUGUUGCAUGUUAUUUCUGAGUAAUGCUUGUGCAGUAAAGAAAAAGAAAAUAUCCCCCUUCGUUGAUGGAAUAUUUGUUGAAUCAUGACCUUACCUAUUAGGAUAAGUAGUUAAAACCAGAAGUACAGUCUCUUAAGUCUUCCUCUAUGGCAAACAGAUUUAGUAAUGUACCUAAAGCCGAGAUAGUGCCUCUCCUGGCCAGCACAGGCAGGCUCCUUUUACCCCCUAGAGCCCUCUUUUUCUUUUUUGUGUACAGCAUAUUUGCAAGCUCACUCCCCCAGCUUUGGUCACUGCUUGUGAAUAUAACUGGCUGGCCUGUGCCUGUUUGAACCUCGAAUCCAGCCUAGCCAUUCCCAGCUCUCUUAAAAACACCAGCGUGUUGAUGGCACCUUGUUGGCACACCAGCAGCUGCAGACCGAAGAGGUUCGGAGCUCUCUGACCUGGCUCAUCUCGUUUGGACGAACCAUCCUGGAUGCCUCGCCUCUUCCCUCUUCUGCUCAGGCCACCCAGCCCCCUUCCCGGAGGUGUCUUCUCGGGGACGGUCUCUCAUCUCCCGAGCAUGUCACUGACCACAGGUGUGUCAUACUAGAAGCCUCUUUCUCUGUAACACUUUUAUUUUCCUUCUAGAACUUAGCCGUUGGGUCCAGAUGCUCUUCAGUUUAUCAACUUUUUCAGCCCACUUGUUUUCUGUAAUCUGCACCUCGUGCUGUCUUGCAGCUGAAGCUGUAGUAUUUGGGAGGUAGUUUGUGGGAAAGAUGCUCUACAAACAAGAUCUGCAUAAUUUUGUAUAUUUAUACCACAGAUGGGGAUUCGUUUUAGAGCCACUGUAGCUUAAGGGUAUUAGUUUCACCAGUGUUCUAGGAGACUGUGUUAUUGACUGUGGUCUCAAAUAUGUUAUAUAAUACAUAGUUAUUCACACCACUGUGGAAUUUAUUUCACUGUGUAAAUAGUGAUAUUUUCCUGUUCAAAUGCUUCUAUAGAAAGUAUUUAUUUUAACAACAAAAAAUGAACUGUCAAAAGGGCUUUCCAAAAAAGUGUUCUUUCUAGCCACCCAUCUUCCCCAAUUGCCAUGCUCAUUCACUGAACCCUCAGACAACGUAGUGAAGGCAGAGGUGCGGCGUUGAAACCCUCACUCACUCUGUUUGGGCAUAUACAAUGUGGACUGGGAACCUGAGUGCUUCCCCCCAGUGUCAUCCCGUCCCAGAGCAAAGUGGGUCUCCCACCACUGGUAUGGCCGUGCCAGGCAUCACAUCAGGGCUUGCCUCAAGCAGCCCACGUGUUCCAUACACAGUUGAUACCUUCCGACUGUCCGACCGCCUGUGCAGUGAAAUGAGCCUUAGUUGUAACCCCAAGGAAAUCCAAACCCAUACCUGUGGGAUAUGGAGAAACCACUGGUUGCCUAAAGAAAGCAUUAAGUAUAUUGUACUCUUUCUCAUGUUUGUGAAAGACACACACCUAUUCACACUCAUUAACCAUGGGAGAUAAGCGUGUUUCCUUCUGCACCUUGACAGUACUCAAGAGCACCUCAGCUCCUCCGCCUCCUCCUCCUCCUCCUCCUUCUCCUCCACUUCCUCUUCCUCCCCCCUCCCCCUUUGCCCUAUCUCAGCAAGCAUCUGUGCAGAUGUGGGCCAGUCCCACCUGUAACCCAUGGUUACAGAAUGAGACCUUCUGUUCUCAAGAUGUGUGCAGCUUUACUUCUCAGGAGUCUUGGUCUGCGAUUCAGAGCACCCCUAGAUGUAAUGGAACUGAUGGCUUUAUGAUCAUGUUCCUCUUCCCUGUGCCCCAUUCCUGGGCACCUCUGUCUGAGUCAGGAUUCUCGUUCCACCCAGCUGGCUGGACUGAGAACUGUGGCUCCAGGACCACAGAGCGCUUGGGCCUGGACACACAGGGGGUUUUGUCCUCCAAUUGAACCAUAAUUUGCAUAUUUUCUUAUGGCCUCCCUUUGUCUUUUCUAACAAAUGAGGAGGACACUUGAACAGUAAUGCUGGAGAAUGUUUUUUUCUAAGAUACUAUUUGUAAGCAAAUCUGAUUUUAAGAUGAAAUGUGAAUGGGUAACUAGGUGCCAGGGAAUUUAGCACUGAACUAGACAGUCAACACUUUUUUAACCUUUGCAGGAGGAAAUAGAUUUUGCUCUCAUCUAAUGUUCACAAGAAGUAAUGUUGUAAAUAGUUUUUUAAAAAUAUUUAUUAUGUGUGCUGUAUACAGAUUCAUGUUCUGAGUGGUGUUGAUCUGCAUUGUAGUAUUGUAGAAGGAUAUAUUUUGAGCAGUGGACUUACUUUCAUAACACAGUUCACACAUGGAGAAAGAACAGAAACCAGCAGGUUGAGAGCUGUUUGGGGGCAUUUGAUCUGUAAUGCUACAUCAGUCCAAGCUUUAACUGCCCCCUCUUCUCAUCUGGUUAUGUUAUAUAUUAUAUAUAUAUAUAUAUAUAUACACGUAUGUAUGAUAAACUGGUCAGUUCCCAGAUCUGCAGAGCAGAUUUCCAGGUGUUCUUUCUGAUGUGCUGCGCAUAAGCAAUAAGAUCCUAGGAAAUAGCAUUUGUUCCGGGCUCUGCGUUGGCCCUUGUCUCAGAGGGUAGGGUGGGGGUAGAACAGCUCUUGCUAAGACCUCUUGCCUUUGCCGGAGAGGUGGCUGUACUUGAAUUUUUGCUUCUGUUUGUCUGCACGCUUCCUCAUGUCAUACAACUCUAGCAAUGGAUGAGAAAUCUGCCAGCACCAGACACAUCAAAAAUUGGGCAUGGAGAUUGAAAAAUGAUCCUUUUUCCAUGAAUUUGUAGGGCUUCCAGAAUCUAGUUGAGGCAAAGCUCAUUUGGCUAUAAACAUAAAUUGCCAGCUAAAAGCCCUUUGAGUCUAUCCACCCUGCCUUUGAAAGCUAAGCCCGUUUCCUGUGAUCCUCCUCUGUGCCUGGGUUUGAAACGUCUGCGGUGCAACCCUUUAGAUCCGAGCGAGGCAGGCAGUCCCUCUUCCACGGCUCCCAGCGUGUCCAGUUCCACAGCUUUCUAAGCAGCUUUCUAGCAGCCUCUCCUGUGACCGUCCUAAACUUUAUGAAAAAUACCCCACACCCAAAUAACCAUGAAUAGAAUAAGGUAGUUUUUUAGGCUUUGGAAUAUGUCUUCUCUUUUGUAUUUAUGAUGGUGUUUGGAAUUUUUCACUAGUGUUUUUUUAGAUUGAAGUGGGUGCGUUAGGAAAUAAACUUUCCAUUGCUGAGCCUGAAAGCAAGCAAGAGGAAAGAGACUGACUAUAUUGUGUCAUUGGGGAGGUGACUACUUGUGGUGGUGGGAGGGCGGGGAGGGGCAUCGUAGAUUAAUGUGGGAGUAAAAUAGAACUCUGGCCUGAGGCUCCCCAAGUGUUAUUACCUUGUAAUAAAUAAUCCCCUUAUUAGCCUCACUUAAUCUCAGUAGAAGCCUGCUGUUUACCCUCAGGGAACAAGUAGUUUUCAAAAUUGAGCUCCUCCAAGGUCACUGGCCUGUGCCUGUGUGCAGGCAUUGGUCGUCUUUGUGAACUCAUGGCAUUAUUUUCCCAUAUGCAUUAUGAUACUAAGAAAUUCAACCCCAACCUGUAUGAAAAGCACAGCCCAGGGUCCUACUUUAGGCUAGAGUUAAUGCCUUUCAGGGGCCAAGGGGGCAUAGGAGGCCCAUGCAAUUUAACUGAAGCUCAGGUGCCGUGUGGGAUUUUUAUUCUUUUUAGGCCACGACCCUUCAGAAUGAGAUUAGGGCAGGGGCUGCUGAUCCGGCUGUGGAUCCAGGGAGCUCUAAGAUGAAUCUCUACCGUUCCUUUAAGGUCUUUCUGGUUCCUCCCAGUGUUGUCAUUGCCGAGGUCAAUCUUGUAGUUGUUAAGAUGUGCUCCUUUUUGCUGUCUUGUGAGUCUUAGCCAGUGAUCCAGAUGCCCAAGGAGAGAGUCUCCGGAGGGCCUAGCCCCUUCCCAGUAUCAAGUGUGCGCUCCUAACCUGUGUGAAGGUGGUCUUUCCAAAAGCAGUGAAUUGAGAAAUUCUGCAAAUGGUAAUCUGGAUGAUCGGCGUGUAUCUCUUGGGCCUGGAUUUCCAUUAUGUUAGUGAGUGUAGGAAAAUACUGUGUCUUUAAUGGAUGAAAAUUCAAUGUAUGCUGUGAAUUUGUUGGUUUGAAACAUUGAAAAAUUUUCAUUAGACAAUGUUUACAUACCUCACCUGAAGAACCUUUGAGAGUGUAUAUAUGAAAUUUAAAAAUAUAUUAAGUUGCUUUAAAACAAUAUGUAUAGCUAUAAAAGUUGGAGUUAUUUUAACUUUGAAUAUGUACCAAGUCUUUUAAAUAUUGAAAUCUGUGGGCUUUUUGUGCUUCUGUGUUUUACUUUCCUAUUAGGCCAUGUAGGAAACUGUGUUCUUGUUAUUGGUAAAGGGGCCCUCGCUGAAAUCCAAGCUUGGAAGGAUUUCCUUUGUUGUUUCAGAUUUUCUUGUUUGGUUUUGAGGGAUGGGGUAUGGAGCUAGAGGAUGUGUGGGAGGGAUUUCUCUAACAUUGACAUCUAUUCCAUGAGCUUUUUCUAGGCGCUUAUUUUAUUGCAGCGUAUUAAACUUCUUUGAUAUUAAA